AUGUUGCCAUUUUUAUCGACAAUAACGACAACAACUACAACGACAAUAACGACAACUACAACAACGACAACCACAAUAACGACAACUACAACGACGACAACUACAACAACGUCAACGACAAUAACAACUAAAAACGACGACAACGACAACGAUAGCGAUAGCGAUAACUACAACAACGAUAACGACAAUAACGACAACUACAACGAUAGUGACAACAGCGACGACGACAACGAUAACGAGAACAAUAACUACAACAACGACAACGACAGCGACAAUAACGACGACUACAACGAUAGCGACAACAACAACUACAACAACGACAACGACAAUGAUAAUGACAUCGACGUCGACGACGAUGACGACGACAACGAUAACGACAUCGACGACGACACCAACUAUAACAACGACAACGACAGCGACAACGACGAUAACAACAGCAACAACAAUGCUUAA